AUGGCCAUAUCUUUGGCUGUCGCUGACGACCAAAGAUGGCCUUCUUUGGCCUUUUCUGACCGUCAACGGCCACAUAUGGCUAACAUAAUAAUAUUUAAUUCUGAAAAUAAAUCCACAGAUCAUUCUUAUUUCAAUUUUGUCGCUUCAUUUUCGUCUUCCUCUUCUCUCAAUGCUGCACCGUCUCUCCCACGACCUUCUCUUCAGGUUCCCGUUAAAAAAAGAUUUGAAAGUGGUAUUUGCCAAAACCUAUCUAAAAUUACACUUGCCGGGAACAAAGAUCUGUGUGGGAGAGUCCUGGGCUUAGAUUGCCAGAUCAGAACCCAUGAUAAAUCAGCACUGUUAAAUGCUUGGGGACUUGCUGGAAUUGUGGUCGGAAGUGCAUUGAUCAUUUUAACUGUAGUAUGUGCUCUGCGGAAAUGGAUCGUAAGAAGCCAUAGGCAAAAUGAUCCUGAGGAUAAUGAGGAAAGCAAGCUAAAUAGUUUCAUUGAUCAAGAUCUCUAUUUGUUAAGUAGUAGCAGAUCCAAGGAGCCUUUGAGCAUCAACGUUGCUACAUUUGAGCAGCCUCUCCUGAAAUUAACCUUGGUUGACAUUAUUGAAGCCACCAACAACUUCUGCAAGACAAACAUAAUUGGAGACGGUGGUUUUGGAACUGUAUACAAAGCCACUUUGCCUGAUGAGAAAUCUGUUGCAGUUAAGAAGUUAAGCGAGGCUAAAACACAGGGUAACCGAGAAUUCAUCGCUGAAAUGGAAACCUUGGGUAAAGUGAAACACCAAAAUCUUGUGCCAUUGCUAGGAUACUGCUCAUAUGGUGAGGAGAAGGUCCUUGUUUAUGAAUACAUGGUAAACGGGAGCUUAGAUCUUUGGCUAAGGAAUCGCACUGGAGCUCUAGAAGUCCUCGAUUGGCCUAAACGUUGCAAAAUUGCAUGUGGUGCUGCUCAAGGGCUAGCUUUUCUUCACCAUGGUUUCAUCCCCCACAUCAUCCACAGGGAUAUCAAAGCCAGCAACAUCUUGCUAAAUGAAGACUUAGAGGCAAAAGUUGCUGACUUUGGACUAGCUAGACUGAUAAGUGCCUGUGAAACCAAUGUCAGCACCGACAUUGCCGGAACAUUUGGUUACAUUCCACCAGAGUACGGUCAGAGUGGCAGAUCUACCAACAAAGAUGUUUAUAGCUUUGGAGUGAUCCUUCUUGAAUUGGUGACUGGGAAAGAGCCAACUGGACCUGACUUCAAAGAGAAAGAAGGCGGCAAUUUGGUGGGAUGGGUGUUUCAGAAGAUUAAGAAAGGGCAGGCUGUUGAUGUUCUGGAUCCUACCGUCCUCAAUGCGGAUUCAAAGCCAAUGAUGCUUCAAGUUCUGCAGAUCGCUGUUGUAUGCCUCUCAGAUAAUCCUGCUAACAGGCCAACAAUGCUUCAAGCAUUAAAAUUCCUUAAAGGAAUCAGAGAUGUCUGAAUAGAAGUGGCAAAUAAUUACAGGUUUGCCUAAUUUAACUGUUGAUUUUGUUGAUUCAUAUAUGUUCUAUUUCUUUCACAAGUAUGCACGACACCAAAUAUAGUAGCUAGCAACUUGCAAGCCUAAGCCCUUGCAUGCAUAUAGAACAGCAAAAAAAAAAAAAAAAAAAAAAAAAAAAAAAAAAGAAAA